UCUUCCUUGCGAUUGGAGGGGAGCGUGCCACGUGUCGCGUGCUCCCAUUCCCCGGUUCCUGGCUGCAGAGUGCCUUGCUUGUGCGGACUGCCACGCUGAAAAAGGACAGACAGGAUGGACUUGAGCACGUUUGACAUCGAUGCGCCUCGAUGGGACCAGAGCACCUUCAUGGGACGGCUCAAGCACUUCUUCAACAUCACAGACCCCCGCACCGCGCUGGUGUCCGACGCCCAUCUCGACCAGGCCAAGGAGCUCGUCCUCAGCUGCAGGUCGGGCACCGUACCCCCAGGCACCACUGUGGAGCAGCUGCACUACGCCAAGAAACUGUACGACUCUGCCUUCCACCCCGACUCUGGCGACCGCAUGAACCUGAUUGGCCGGAUGUCUUUCCAGGUGCCGGGGGGGAUGGCCAUCACAGGCUUCAUGCUGCAGUUUUACAGGUGA